CGACAAGUCAAAGUUUGGUUCCAGAACAGAAGAAUGAAGAGAAAGAAAUUGACUGAACGAGCAAAAACCAGAAUAAGGGAAGACCAGGAAAAUAAAGACGACGUCCCAGCUGGUCAGCAGCAACAACAACCGCAACAUCAUCACCCUCACCCUCAUCCACAUCACCCUCAAGCUCAAACACAGCAUCAUCACCAACAACAACAGCAGCAGCAGCAAGUAUCUCAACACCACCAGAACCAUAACAGCCAUCACAACGGUGGUGGUGGAGAACAGCACCUACCCAUCCAUCACCCACACCAUCAACACCAGUCGCAUCACCCGCACACAGCACUGAUCCAACCAAAAACCGAAACAGUACCACUCACAAAUGGAGGAUUGGUAUAG